CAUUUUCUCAUGCUGCUCGUAUUUUUAGUGAACAAAAGUGUUCUCCAUCGGUCGAAAGAAGACGCGGUGUCGAACACUGUCACUUGGCAAUUGGUGCCUGACCCCAUCGGCUCAAUCGAUCGUCGAUUGAUCACCUUGGUUUCUUCGUUUCCCGACGCAGCGCUCCAUUUUCGCAAUUAUCUUCCGGAGCUAAGUCCGAAGCUAUCAUGGUGCUUCUCUUCCAACGUAAGGACUCGGUGUUGAGUGAGGAGUCGAAGCGGUUUGUCAACUCGCUUCCCUCUACGUUCAUCAACCUGUUCCGCAAGCGACGGCAACUACUGCCAGUGUGGAGCUCACACAAGUACUGCGCUAUGAUCAAGUCGACGUACCUGGUGUACUAUCGAGCCACUAAACCAGAAGAUGCGGGAGUGCCUGGCUUCUGGCAGCAAAACACGCUUAAGUAUCUAAAUCUGCAGAACUGCAAGAUCAAGCUCAUCGACGACGACUCGGCUGGCUACGUGUUUUGCAUCACGCCCGAGUCUGGCAAGGGAGCCGUCUACUUCGCUGCAGACACAGAGAAAGAUCGUGCCAAGUUUGCAGCUCAAGCAGCUGCAGUGCAGCACCGAAUGCCGUCGUUGAAUGAGUUUUGUACGCUCAAGCUACUGGGACGUGGCCAUUAUGGACGUGUGAUCCUGGCGUCGAAUACCUCGGAUCGCCAGCUGUAUGCUAUUAAGGAGAUGAAGCUCGGACAGGUGAAGGCGAAGGUGGUGUUCGCUGAACGAGCAGCUAUGGAGUGGGUCGGGGAGCACCCGUUCGUGAUGGGGUUGGACUACGCGCUGGCACGGGGUCGCUCCGUGUUCCUCAUUUCCAAGUUCAUGCAGGGCGGGGAUCUCUUCCUGCAUAUGCAAAACAACGGAGGCAGCUUCGGUGAAGACGCAGUCCGCUUCUACGCCGCGGAAUUGUUGCUGGCACUUGAGCACAUGCACAACAUGUGCAUUCUGCACCGAGAUAUCAAGCCUGAAAAUGUGCUGCUGGACAGCGAAGGUCACAUCAAGUUGGCAGAUAUGGGGCUGGCCAAGAGACUGGAGUCGCGAGCUGGACGCACCAAGACCAUGUGCGGUACCGACACGUACUUGCCGCCCGAGAUGGUGGGUCGAUACCCUGAUGGCCAUGGGCUUCCAGUUGACUUGUGGCAGUUCGGCUGCAUCCUCUUUGAGCUGCGUGCUGGAUAUCCACCAUUCUACUUGCCUCAAUCUAGCCAGAAGAGCACGCACCAGCGGAUAUUGUAUCAACCUGUGCGCUACCCAAACAGCAUGUCAUCUGAGCUCAAGAGUUUGCUGGUGGCUCUGCUCGAGAAGCGGCAGGAAGACCGACUUGGCUUCCGUGGAGGCGUCGCAGAGAUUAAGAACCACGCGUUCUUCAACGGAAUUGACUGGGACCAAGUGCUGAAACGGCAACUCGCGCCUCCUCUUGUGCCGGGACCGCCUGGUGAGUUCUUCGUGGCCAACUUCGAUCCGCACUUCACCGAGCAGCCUCACACGAUCUACGCACCCGAAGAGAUCGCGAGCUGCUUUGAACGCGACUUUGCUGGUUUCGACUACGUGCGGCCGGUUCACGCUGGAGCUAACAAUGCCUCGUGUGCAUCCAUGAUGUCUGCAGCUAGGAUGACAGCGUCGCCCACUUCGUCUACAUGUAGUCGUGCCAGCACCAGCAAGGACAUGAGCGAAUGCAUCGAGUCCAGCUUCGGUGAGUUCUAUGAGCACGGCAACGAACAGCAGAGCGAACACGAUAACCCCGAGGUGGAAUUGGAGGCAGAGCUGGAAGUUGAUUCGGUUCGGAUCAAGAUUUAAGCACGCAAGCAAAAAGAUUUGUACGAUGACAAAAGAAUAACUAUUUACUGUAUCUAUAAUUCUUGAGUGGGAUGUUGGUAUGUACUUGUACUUGCGAGUUGAAACCUAUUGAUACCGACGAGGGGGGGAUCGCGGCGUCCACUUCCGCAAGCACCUACGAUAUGAUGCAGUCACUGCCUUGAGAGGGUCUACGUCUUUGGCCACGGAUUGGUUGUUGUUGCAGUAAUUGCUGUUGCUGCAGUCGCUCUUGUUCUUGCUGGUACUGACGCGUCUGUGCGUCGACCUGGCGCUUUUGCUCUUGAUAGUAGCGUUCAGCUUGCCGCUGAGCGUCCAGUUCCUCCUCAGAGAACAUCAUUCGUCCAUCAGCAGUGACAGGAAUCACCUCAUUCUCACUGGUUUCUCGGCUUCUGUCGUCCUCAUGUGAAGGUUGUUGCUGCUCCGUGGCGCUGCUAACGUCCCGGUCGACACCGACAGGCUUCAAGUGGUGAGGAGAGAUACGCGGAGACAUGCGCUUAUUCCCCCCACGCGCCAAUUCUUCUUCUUCGCGCUGGAACUUCAGGGCUAGCAGAUAAUCUGGGUCAAGGUUUCCCUCUUCUUCAUCCCCAAACAACCCGCUACUCGGCAUGGUGUGCUCAGCAGCCCUCGUGGUAUCCGUACUUGUCAUCUGCUCCUCAUUAUGAGCAGGGGGGACACAACCCGUAAGACUCAUAGCUCUCGCUUUCUGCAAGUCCCGUUCCUCAUCAAGUCGCUGCUGUUGCUGCUGCGUCAAGAUGUUCUGCUGCUGUUCCGAAGACGUAACUGGUCGAAAUUGCGAGUCAAGAUACGUUGUGUCGCCGUCAAUUUCGUUGAGCAGCUCCCACACGACUGUAGGCUCGUCAAGGUAUCCUGCGUCGGUAACCAG